AUGUUGUUGCUCUCUCAGAGGACCGCAGGCAGCAGUUCGGACGGAACGGAGGACUCGGAUUUUUCCGCGGAUCUCGAGCACACCGAAGCUUCCGAGCGCGCACACAGGCGGAGCAGCGCGCGGCUGACUCGAGCCUCACUCCGCCUCAGCCAGAGCUCACAAGAAAACAACAGCUCAGUUCGCUGCAGCUCUCCUGCCGCUACGGGUCCCGAGGAAGGCCUAGAGUCGUCGGCUGAGACGGCAGCGGUGGCAGCGGCUGUCUUCUCAUCCGGGCGCAGGAUCACUCGCAGCCAGCAAGGGGCGACAAACAACACAGCCAAGAAAUACCCGUUGCGUCAGAGCCGAUCAUCUGGCUCGGACACUGAAGCUAAUGCAGACACGAAGCCGGGGGCAGACCGAGACGAGACUCCACCCCGCACCCCGACAGGCAACGCCCCGUCCUCAGAGUCAGACAUCGAGAUCUCCAGCCCCAGCAACGACAUCGUUGUGUCUCAAGAGGAGGACGAGAGACUGGCCAAGGAGCUGUCGCUCAAAGAGGCCGCCGCCCACGACCUCUCCCACCGGCCCAAACGACGGCGUUUCCACGAAAGCUACAACUUCAACAUGAAGUGUCCCACACCUGGGUGCAACUCCUUGGGUCAUCUAACAGGAAGACAUGAGAGACAUUUCUCCAUAUCAGGAUGCCCUCUCUACCACAACCUCUCUGCUGAUGAGUGCAAGGGGAAGGCAUCAACACGUGACAAACAGGCCGAGGAGAGGACGCUCUCACAUCGGCAGGACGAGAACAGGCACUCCACAAGAAGCCAGGCCCUGACAGAACGGCAGCUGCGCUACAAGGAGAAGGUGACCGAGCUGCGGAGGAAGAGGAACACCGGCCUCAAUAAGGAGCAGAAGGAAAAGUGCUCGGAACACCGCCAAAGCCACGGGACGAGCCGGGAGCCGCUUCUGGAGAACAUCACCAGCGACUACGACCUCGAGCUGUUCAGGAAAGCGCAGGCACGUGCUUCGGAGGACCUUGAGAAGCUCCGUCUGGCUGGUCAGGUAUCAGAGGGCAGCAACAUGAUAAAAACGAUCGUGUUUGGGCGCUUUGAGCUGGAUACCUGGUACCACUCCCCGUACCCAGAGGAGUAUGCCCGCCUGGGGAGGCUCUAUAUGUGCGAGUUCUGCCUAAAGUACAUGAAAAGCCAGACCAUCCUGCGAAGACACAUGGCCAAGUGUGUCUGGAAGCACCCUCCGGGUGAUGAGAUCUACAGGAAAGGGAACAUAUCCGUAUUUGAGGUGGAUGGAAAGAAGAACAAGAUUUACUGUCAGAACUUGUGCCUGCUGGCGAAACUCUUCCUGGACCACAAGACUCUGUACUAUGACGUGGAGCCAUUUCUCUUCUACGUCAUGACGGAAGCUGAUAACACUGGGUGCCAUCUCGUGGGAUACUUCUCCAAGGAGAAGAACUCGUUCUUGAACUACAACGUGUCUUGUAUCCUCACCAUGCCACAGUACAUGAGGCAGGGCUAUGGCAAGAUGCUCAUAGACUUCAGCUACCUAUUGUCCAAGGUGGAGGAGAAGGUGGGCUCUCCUGAGCGCCCCCUGUCUGACCUAGGACUCAUCAGCUACAGAAGUUACUGGAAAGAUGUGCUGCUACGUUACCUGAACAACUUUCAGGGCAAGGAGAUCUCAAUCAAAGAAAUUAGUCAGGAGACAGCAGUUAAUCCAGUGGAUAUUGUCAGCACACUUCAAUCCCUCCAAAUGCUCAAAUACUGGAAAGGAAAGCAUCUGGUUUUAAAAAGACAGGACCUUAUUGAUGACUGGAAGGCCAAGGAGACCAAGCGGGGUAACGGCAAGGCCAUUGACCCCACAGCCUUAAAAUGGACCCCGCCUAAAGGGACAUAA